AUGUGUGGAAUAUUUGCAUUAAUUAUUAUAAACAAACCUCAUAAAUUCAAUUUCAACUUAUAUUAGGAGUAUUUGAAUUCUCCAUAUAUUACUAAAAGACCAGAAGUAAUUGAGGAGUUAUUAACUCAAAAUUAAAGGCCUAAUAAUAUUGAUCUUGACUUAGAUAAGUUGUAAUUGCUUAAUGCAAGAGGGCCAGAUUAUUAAGGAAAAAUUGAACUUCAUUAACCUUAUUAUUAACUUUUAUAUCAUAGUUUACUUCAUAUGAGAGGAGAUUAAGAUACUUUAAUUAAAUAACCUUUAAUAAAAGAAUAAUUUAUAUUAUAAUAUAAUGGAGAAAUCUAUAAUAUAAAUCCUGAUGAAUCAGAUACUAUAUUUCUCAUGAAUAGAUUACAAUAGGCUAAUUCAAUUCAUGAUAUAAAAAACUUAUUAUAAUAAUUAAAUGGAGAUUAUAGUUUAAUUUUUCAAGAUUUAUCACAACAAAAAAUCUAUAUUGCCAAAGAUCCAUUUGGUAAAAGAUCAAUGUUAUUAAGUUUCAUUAAUGAAGGAUUUAUUUUAUCUUCUUAAGCUUUAUAAAAGAAUAUUCCAUUAGAAAUUGAGGAAGAAGAAGAUGAUGAAGAUGAUGGAAAAACAGUUGAUGAAAAAUAUUUAAUGAAAAAGUACUUGAAUGAAUUUAAUUAAGCUAUUAAUAAAUCUUGUAUUGAAUUACCUAAUAAUUCAAUAAUAGAGAUAGAUUUAAGUGGAUAAUAAAUUUAAUGGAAUAAAAUUUAAAUUUCUGAAUUCUUAAAUUUUGAUCAAAUUUAAUAAAUUGAUCUUUAAAACACUUUAGAUUAAAAUAUUUGUAAAAUUUAUGAUAUUUUAAUAAAAAGUACUAAAGAAAUUAUUUAAAAUAUAUUUGGUUUUUAAAAUCACUUUAUUAAUGGUUAAAAUAUAAAAUAGAAUUAAUAAUAAGGAAGAAUAGGUAUAUUAUUUAGUGGUGGAAUAGAUUGUAGUUUAAUAACUCAUAUAGUUUGUAAAUUAUUACCUGAUAAUUCAUAAAUUGAUUUAAUUAAUGUUGCUUUUACAAAUGAUGCUCCUGAUAGAAUCACAGCAAGAAAUGCUCAUUAAGAAUUAUAGAAUCUACAUAAAAAUUAAUUAUUGAAUCUAAUAUUAAUUGAUAAAACACUCGAUGAUGUAUAUAAAGAGGAAAAACUAUUUUUAGAGAUAUUAUAUCCUAAAAUUACACAUAUGGAUUUUAAUAUAGCUAUGAUAUUAAAUAUAGCUAGUUCAUAUAAUGUAGAAACUCGAGUACUUCUUAGUGGAUUAGGAGCUGAUGAAAUCUUUUGUGGAUAUGCUCGAUAUAAACAUGCUUUAAAAAGAGGAUAUGCUGAAUUAAUUGAAGAAAUGAAUUUUGAUUUAUUUAGAUUAUGGAAUAGAAAUUUAGGUAGAGAUGAUAGAGCUGUUAGUAAGAAUGGUAAAGAACUUAGAUUUCCAUUCUUAAAUAUUGAAUUAGUUUAAUUUAUAAGAUAAAAUAUUCAUCCAUCUUAAUAUAUUAUGGGGGAUACAAAAUCCAUUUUAAGAAUUAUUUGUUAAAAAGAAGGUUUAAAGUAAAUAAUUAUUAUAGAUAUUUAGUGUUAUCUCUAAACAUGGAAAGAAGGCCAUACAAUUUGGAACUAAAAUAGCAAAACUAUCAAAUAAAAGAUUCUUUGGAGGUAACAAAAAAGCAAAGGGGACAUUAAAUUAUAAUAUAAAAUGA